AUGAGCUCCUGAGCCCGUUCUCCCCAGCUCUCCCCGCCCCCGCCCCGGGGCAGAGCACCUGCGGGCAGCAGAAAGGGCGGACCGAGCUCCCCAAGGGGCGGCCGAUCCCCAAGAGGCGGUGGAGGCGGGGCCCUGGGAGGGAGGGGGGUGGGGACCGUCUGCCGCAGAUGCGGAGCCGGCGGCCUGCACCCGUUCCCCCGGCCUCGGAGUGUGCGCAAGCGCGGGGUGCGCUAGGAGGGGGAGGUCAAGGUCAAGGGGCCACCCGCUCCGGGCGCGAUGAGACCCGGAGAGGAGCCACGGGCGGCGGGGGGCGCCCCCGAGCUGGAGCUGCUGGAGCAGCUGAAGCUGCGCGCCGCGGAGCGCAUCGACGAGGCGGCGGGGCGGCUGGGCGCGCUGAGCCGCGCCAUCUGGAGCGAGCCCGAGCUGGCCUACGCGGAGCACCGCGCGCACCGGCUGCUGACGCGCUUCUUCCAGGGCGAGCGGCCCGCCGCCGCCUGGGCGGUGCAGCCGCACUACGGGCUGCCCACGGCCUUCCGCGCCGAGUGGGCGCCGCCGGGGGCCGCGUCCGCAGCCAGCCCGCUGCAGCUGGCCUUCCUCUGCGAGUACGACGCGCUGCCGGGCAUCGGGCACGCCUGCGGCCACAACCUCAUCGCCGAGGUCGGGGCGGCGGCCGCGCUGGGCGUGCAGGGCGCCCUGGAGAGCCUCCCCGGGCCGCCGCCGCCCGUGAAGGUCAUUGUCCUGGGAACCCCUGCAGAAGAAGAAGGUGGUGGCAAGAUUGAUUUAAUUGAAGCCGGGGCUUUUAAAAACCUCGAUGUUGUUUUUAUGGCCCACCCAUCCCAAGAGAAUGCUGCUUAUCUCCCUGAUGUGGCUGAACAUGAUGUAACCGUGAAAUACUACGGAAAAGCGUCCCACGCUGCCGCGUACCCCUGGGAGGGAGUGAACGCCUUAGAUGCUGCUGUUCUCGCCUACAACAAUCUGUCUGUGUUAAGACAGCAAAUGAAACCAGCCUGGAGAGUUCAUGGUAUAAUAAAACAUGGUGGUGUAAAGCCUAAUAUCAUUCCCUCUUAUUCUGAAUUAAUCUAUUACUUCCGUGCACCCUCAAUGAAAGAGCUUCCAGUUUUGACCAAAAAGGCAGAAGAUUGCUUCAGAGCUGCAGCUUGGGCUACUGGGUGCACAGUAGAAAUCAAAGGUGGAGCACAUGAUUAUUACAAUGUCCUUCCCAAUAAGAGCCUAUGGAAAGCUUAUAUUGAAAACGGGGAAAAGCUGGGAAUAGAAUUCAUUUCAGAAGAUGAUGCAGUUUUGAAUGUAUCUUCAGGAUCUACUGAUUUUGGAAAUGUUAGUUUUGUGGUUCCUGGAAUUCAUCCAUAUUUUUACAUUGGAUCCGAUGCCUUGAAUCAUACAGAACAAUAUACUGAAGCUGCAGGAUCACAAGAAGCUCAAUUCUAUACUUUGCGUACAGCGAAAGCUCUGGCAAUGACUGCGUUGGAUGUUAUUUUUAAACCAGAGUUGUUAGAAAGAAUCAGAGAGGACUUUAAACGGAAACUUCAAGAAGAAGAGUUUUUAAAUAAAGUUGAAUAAAAGGAAGAUUUAGGAGUCACAUAUGAAUCAUUGAGGAGAAGUGAUUAUUUUUUUCUUCAUUUUUUAUUGAAGGAGAAGGCCAUCUUUGUUUUUCAAUCUUAAAGGAAUCAAAAUUCUCUUCCUGAAAAGUGAGGACAUGGUGUGGAGAAAACACAUGAACUUUUAGCUAAAAUUAAAAUGUUCACAAAUCUGUAUUUGAUGAAAUUGUGAUCUUUCAGGAGCUGGAACAUGGUGGCAUUUCUUAAACAACCUGGAUGACACAGGGUUUAUCAGUGAUAAUAGUGUAUAAGUUCAUAUGUUGUGUAAGUAUAUUUCAAAAGGUCCAAGAGAUUUCAAAUCUUAUAUUCAGAAUUAACUCAUGAAAGAUUUUUUCCUGGUAUAGGGUGUAAAAUUGUUUUAGAAAGUAGUUUUAAAAUUCAAGUUUUGAAUUUGAAGGAGUUCAUUUUUAUGUCUGACUGUUUUGGUUUAGAGACUGUUUUUCAUUGGUAAUAAAAGGUUUUUAAUCAGAAAUCCUGUGGGGAACUCAGGUACAAAGAAUAAGCUUUAUGUUAGUUUAUAUUAAUUCUAAUAGAAAAAAUUACAGAGUCUAAAAAAUUAUUAGACUCUUCCUGUAAGU